AUGUAUCACAAAGCUGAACCUGGUGAAAAAAUUUUCUACAAAGAUGUUACCUCACUGUAUCCAUACAUCAAUAAGUACGGUCGAUACCCUGUUGGUAUUCCAAAAAUUUUACUCGGCAAAGAUCUUGAGAAUAGAAAUGUUUUCAAUAUUGAUGGAAUAAUCAAAGUUGAUAUAUUGCCACCAAAAAGACUGUAUCAUCCCGUACUUGGGAUCAAAAUGCAUAACAAAUUAAUUUUUUCGUUAUGCUACACAUGCACAAAAGAUAUGAAUACUGGUGUAUGUACUCAUCCAGCUGAAAAACGUUUCAUUCAUGGAACAUACGUAGCUGAUGAAUUGCGAUUAGCUGUAAGAAAGGGUUAUGUUGUUCGAAAAAUAUAUGAAGCUUGGGAGUACGAAAUGACACAGUACGACAAGCAUACACAAGAAGGCGGUCUAUUUGCCAAGUAUAUAGAUACCUUCUUAAAAAUUAAAACUGAGGCUUCUGGAUUUCCACAGCAUUGUAAAUCGGAAAAAGAUAAGCGAAAAUUUAUAAGUGACUUCAAAAAGCAUGAAGGAAUCACUUUAGAUUAUGCUCAAAUUAAAUACAAAUUAUUAUUGAAUAGUUUAUGGGGACGUCUGGGUAUGAGACAAGAUAAAAUGAAGAAAGUCUUCGUUAAGUCUGCCAAUCAUUUGCUUCAUUUAAUGACAAAUCCAUCACUCGAAGUGAGUAGCUUCGUCGGUUUAAGUGAUGACACGUUACUUGUUUCAUACAAGUAUCGAGAGGACUGUAUGGAGCAAAAUUCCAAAGUAAAUGUUGUGCUAGCUGCGUACACAACAGCAUUAGCCCGAAUACAUUUAUAUGGCUAUUUGGAUAUUUUGCAAGACCGAUGCUUUUAUUAUGAUACAGAUUCUGUCAUAUACAGAUGCGCAGCAAAUGAACAAGACCUGCCAUUGGGUGACUAUUUAGGUGACCUCACCGAUGAAAUAGUGGGUGAAUAUGGUGAAGGUAGCUAUAUUUCAGAAGCUGUCUUCACAGCUGAAAAAAGCUACUCAUUUGUCGUAAAAGUCCCUAAUAAAGAAGAUAUUGUCAUUUGUAAAGUGAAAGGGAUCACUUUGAAUCACGCCAGCGCUGAAUUGGUCAAUUUCAAUUCAAUGAAAAUACCGUUGAAAGCUGCGCCGUCAACCAUACCGAUGAUACAUCGCUUAGGUAUUUGA